AUGGCUAAGUUGCACUCAGGCAUCUCACUAAUCCAAGAACCAUGGUUAGUAAGAGGUGUCAUUAGGGGGCUUGGUGGGGCUGGUCUAGUUUGUUACAGGGACUGCAGAGCUGCCAAACCCAGAGCGUGCAUUCUUACUAAGGGUGUCAACGCAACUCCACUAUUGGAUCUGUGUUCAGGGGACCUAAUGGUGGUGGUAACUAACCUGGAGGGUAUAGGUAAGACGAUCGUAGGAUCGGCAUAUUUUCCAUAUGAUAAUAAAAAUAAUCCGCCAAUUGAAGUUCGUAGGUUGGUGGACUACUGUAUGGAAAAGAGACUUCCUCUGCUGCUGGGCUGCGAUGCAAACUCACAACAUACGGUGUGGGGGAGCUCAAAGGACAACCAGAGAGGACAGGAGCUACUGGAAUAUCUAAUCGGAACGAAUCUGGAUAUUCUCAACACGGGUUCGACCCCGACUUUUAGCAAUGCGAUUAGGCAGGAAGUGAUUGAUAUCACUCUCUGCUCCAAAAGCAUUGGAAAUAAGGUAAGAAGAUGGAAAGUUUCUAAUGAACCUUCUCUUUCUGAUCAUUCACAGGUAGUCUUCGAGGUGGAGUCUGCGGUCCGAUCCGAAACUAAGUGGAUUCGUAAUCCCAGAAGUACGGAUUGGGCUAGUUAUAUCUCAGAACUUCGAAGGACACUUUCUGGUUUACCGGGUAAGAUAAGAGAUUAUCAGACCCUGGAUGAGGCGGCCAAUGAUUUUACAAAGGCUAUUAAGGCAGCUUAUGAAAGUAGCUGCAAACCGACAAAAGUAUUCUCGGGAAAAGAGGUGUGCUGGUGGAACGAGAGAUUAGAACAUCUCAGGAGAGAAACCAGGAGACUCUUUAAGCGUGCCAAGAAAAGGCGCACGACUAAUGGUUGGUCUGAUUUUACGAAAAUGAGAGACGACUAUAGAAAUGAAGUAAGGAAAGCAAAACAAGACAGUUGA